AAAUUGAGACGGAGGGGCUUGAUGGACAAAAUUGGCAAUAUCAUGGCCAAACGUGGCAUUUCACUGAGGGGACACAGUAACCGCCCGUAGAGCUCGAUACACCAGAUCUUCGAAACCCAUCUUCCAAACCAUUUUUCUUUUGAUCUGUAAGUUUACGAAACACAGUAAUUCUUUCUCUUAUCUAUUUUGUUCCUCUGCUGAACUUUUUGGUGUGGGUUUUACUGCUCAUUGGAUUUCUGAGGCAAGACUUAUGUCUGCUCCAAAUGAGGAUAACAUCUCUCAACCGCAGUUGUCGUCACACGUUUUUGAUGAGCUUCUUGAUUCCAUCAUUAUUGAUGUUGCAUCUGAGUGUCACCGCGUAGCGAAACUAGGCCUUGAUCGUAAUUUAGAAGAAGGGGAGGAAGAACUUCGGUUGUCUGCUCAAGCUCGGGCAAGUGUAGCCGAUCCUAGCAAUAGUAGUGAAACAAAUGGCAAAUACAUUGUAGAUAUAUUUGGGCAAACCCAUCCUCCUGUUGCAAAUGAAAUAUUUGAAUGUAUGAAUUGUGGCCGAUCUAUCAUGGCUGGGCGGUUUGCUCCUCACUUAGAGAAAUGCAUGGGAAAGGGGAGAAAGGCCCGUCUUAAGGCAACAAGAAGUAGCACUGCUCAGAAUCGGUAUCCACGAGCCAGUUCUGCUUCAACUAACUCCCCUUAUUCAAAUCCCACCAGCACGAGUCGACAGCCAAAUGGAAGUUCCGGAGUUGCGGGUCAUGAAUACUCAAAUGGCUCCUUAGAUGAGUUGUGAGGCCUUGGAGGCAAUCCAGGAAGCUGAUUCAUCUUCAGGUGAAGGAUUGAACUGAGAAGACAACUUGGGACUUUACUCUGAUGUUUCAUCCACCCCUUAGUAGUCGUGCUGUAGCUGAGCUUGCGGAAGAGGCUAUGCUGGUUCGUCGGAUAAAGCAGAUGUUGAUCACAGUAUGGUUUUGAUAAUAACUAAUAUGCAAACAUGUCUUCCGAUACAAAUGGUUUAGUACGCAUUGGCUUCACAAGCCAGAGUUUAGCACUGUAAAGGAGACUUCACUGUCUCAACAUUCUAGUUCAAAGUAAUAACUUGAUUAUCAGUUCUUUGGUCCUGUUCUUCCAAGGGAUUAUAAGCAAGUAUAGAGUGAAAGAAUAUGUAAAUUUUGCACUAUUAACAAUUGAACCGAUUAAGACGGUAUGUUUUCUA